GCCUGGGCCACCCGCGCGAUGUUUGGGGCCCGGUGCCUGCUCCGAGCCCUGCGCUCCUGCUCCUCUGCUCCCUGCCCGAGACACAAGCCUUCGGCCAAACUGAGCGUGCGGGACGCUCUCGGGGCCCAGAACGCGAGUGGGGAGCGCGUUAAGGUUCAGGGAUGGGUUCGUUCAGUCCGAUCUCAGAAGGAGGUCUUGUUCCUGCACGUAAAUGAUGGGUCAUCUUUGGAAAGCCUUCAGGUUGUAGCAGAUUCAAAUUGUGACAGUAGAGAACUGGCUUUUGGGAGUUCUGUGGAAGUUCAGGGCCAGCUGGUAAAAAGUUUAUCCAAAAAGCAAAAUGUGGAACUGAAGGCAGAAAAAAUUGAAGUUGUUGGAAGUUGUGAUCCCAAGGAUUUCCCUUUUAAAUAUAAAGAGAGGCCUACUCUGGAGUAUCUGAGACAAUUUCCUCACCUUCGAUGUAGGACGAAUGUCCUGGGUUCUAUACUGAGGGUGCGCAGUGAAGCCACAGCUGCCAUUCAUUCUUUCUUUAAGGACAGUGGCUUUGUGCAUAUUCAUACUCCAAUAAUCACAUCCAAUGACUGUGAGGGGGCUGGAGAACUCUUCCAAGUUGAACCUCCAAGCAAAGGAAAGGUACCUGAAGAGAAUUUCUUCGAUGUUCCUGCCUUCUUAACUGUCUCGGGACAACUUCACCUAGAAGUGAUGUCAGGAGCUUUUACUCAAGUGUUUACCUUUGGUCCAACAUUUCGAGCAGAGAAUUCUCAGAGUCGAAGACACCUGGCAGAGUUUUAUAUGGUGGAAGCAGAGAUCUCUUUUAUUGAGAGCCUUCAAGAUCUCAUGCAGGUCAUGGAGGGGCUGUUCAAGUCUGCAGCAGCGGCGGUGCUCUCCAGCUGUCCCGAAGACGUCGCGCUCUGCCACAGGGUCCUGGCUCCCGGCCAGAAGGACAGAUUAGAACAUAUGCUAAAAAACAACUUUUUAAUCAUUUCUUAUACUGAAGCAGUGGAGAUCUUACAGCAAGCAUCCCAGAACUUCACCUUCACCCCAGAGUGGGGUGCUGAUCUACAUACUGAACAUGAAAAGUACCUGGUGAAGCACUGUGGCAACAUACCAGUCUUUGUCGUUAAUUAUCCAUUAGCACUCAAGCCUUUCUACAUGAGGGACAAUGAAGACGGGCCUCAGCACACAGUUGCUGCUGUUGAUCUUCUGGUUCCCGGAGUUGGAGAGCUCUUUGGAGGAAGCCUCAGAGAGGAACGGUACCAUUUCUUAGAGCAGCGACUGGCCAGAUCAGGACUGACAGAAGCCUACCAAUGGUACCUGGACCUCCGUCGGUUUGGAUCUGUGCCACAUGGAGGUUUUGGGAUGGGAUUUGAACGCUAUCUGCAAUGCAUCUUGGGAAUUGACAAUAUCAAAGAUGUCAUCCCUUUUCCAAGAUUUACUCAUUCGUGUCUUUUAUAACUGGAAGACUGGUAAGGAAGAUCCUCCCAGCCAGAGUACCGCAGGUGAAUGUGCACA